CGAUUCAUUAGAGGGGAUUUACUUGGUUCCUACACAUUGCUUUAUUGAGCGCUUCAUUGCACAAGAAAAACCGAAUCUUUCCUACAGAAUUCGAAAAAAAAAAAAGAGUCGCUAAACAUAACAUUAUGCCGCUUCCCUUUGGUAUGGAAUAUAAUUUUCAUACAUUAUACAAUUGCUUGUUUAAAACAUUGGAAAAAAUUGAGUCACUUUCGGUCGAAUCGUUACCGAACAGCAAUCUCGAUUCGUCGAUCUUUUAUGGUUUGUUUACACUUUAACACAACGUAGCGCAAUCUAGAAAGUAACGAGUUGCGCAGAACAUUGCUCUAUGCUUGCAUACCUGCUUAUUCAUCCUUUACUGAUGUGUUCUAGCUCGUAAUUUCUUACUCUUUAACUGGGGAAAUCCAAUACGUAGAGUUGACCAUUCAUAUAAGUUUGUCCUUUGCCCAACAACAUACAAACACAACUGCUUGUUUCAAGAGCAAAAAGAAUAAAACUCUGAAAUUGAGGUUUCGGAACCCAAAGAAACGAUUGUGCCGGUAUUGAAAACCAGUAUAGGGUAAAAACUCAAGUUGAAUACGUCGUUUUAGUGCAGGAAAUUCAAGGUUCGCGGAAUCUGAUUACACAAAGCCCGUUAACUUGGGUAUAUUGCAUAGAAGAAAAAAUCAGCAGUUGGCUUGAUCUCAAGUGAACAAAAACAAAAAAUGUUUUGGAGACUAGGCCAAGGGUUUGGAUUUCAAAGUUCGACUGCCAUUGAGGCGAUAUUGAAUAAACCACAAGAAGAGAUCGAUUUACCAGAAUUAUUAGAAGAGAAUGGCCUUUUAGAUGAAUGCAAAAGUCAUAAUCCAAAGCUCUUAGACUACCUUUGUAAACCAGAGGUUUUGAGCCAACUGAUCGACUUAAUUCUCGAGGUAAGCGAAGAAGAUUUCCUUCCUGUUGAGGGUGGAUUCGAAGAGUUGGAACAAAGCAGACUUUCUUUUGUUGCUAGUGAAAUCCUUAGUAGUGAUGUUUGGUCUAUAUGUGAUGCUUGCGUCGAGAAUAAGGAGCUUAUGACAAAAUUAUGGUCUUUUUUGGACAAUGAAGGCCCCUUGAAUCCUUUACAAGCUUCCUAUUUCGCCAAAGUGAAUGAGCAUUUUCUUGAUAAGAAAACUGAAGAAACUGUAGCUUUCAUACAGUCAAUCGAGAACUUUGUCGACAAAAUUCUCCGCCAUGCUGAAACGAGCGCUAUUAUGGAUCUUUUGUUAAAAUUUAUUUCUAUGGAUCGUUGCAAUACAGCCGUUGGAAUCGCCGACUGGUUGUAUUCUCAGGGUUUAAUACAAUCUUUGCUUCGUUUACUCAAUCCUUAUGUUGAUCCUGAUGUACAAUCCACAGUAGCAGAUGUCAUAAAAGCUAUUAUCGCUAUUUCUGCUAAUUCUAAUGAGCCUGGCGUUAUUGGCCCUAAUUCUUUAUCCCGUGAAUUGGUGUCACGCCGAACCAUUACCACUCUUACUGACUAUAUGAUUGAUCCCAAAGCUCCUUAUUCAUCUACUUCCUUGAUUAAUGGCGUUAGCAUCGUCAUUGAACUUAUUCGCAAAAACAAUAGCGACUACGAUGUGACUCCUGUUCUACAGAUGCCUCUUGAUACUCAACCCCCUACAACACGUGACCCUAUUUACUUGGGUACAAUGCUUCGUCUUUUUGCCGAAAAAAUUCCAAUUUUUCAACAGAUUUUAUUUAAGCCUUCUUCUACUCCUGAGGGUGUGGCUACCAGUUUUGGUUCCAUUAAGCCUUUAGGAUUUGAGCGUUUUCGAAUUUGCGAGUUAUAUGCUGAGCUUCUUCAUUGUAGUAAUAUGUCACUUUUGAGUGAUAUUAACGCAGAGGCCCUUGUUAUGCAAAGAGAUCACUUACGGGACUAUCUUUUCCGUCAUAAUAAUUGCGCUCGUGAUCUUAGUAUAUCUGAUGAAGAAGAUGCUGAUUCUAGCUAUACGGAUAAGCAUGUGAGUGAUUCUAUGCAUGGACAAAUCCCUCAAAUUUCAAAGGACUAUAAAGACUUACCUACUGAGGUUGCUGGGGAUUCGCCGAUGGAAGACGCCGAACCCGUUGCGGAUGAGGAGUACAAAGACGUUCGUGAAACUUCAAAAUAUAUUCAGCCAGAUUUAGAGGAAAGUGCGUCAAACGACUCGUAUGAGCCAUUACCUGAAAGUGUUCUUGAUGAGUUUAGAAAAGAACCUGUAAUUGGAGAUUUUCUUAAAAUCAAGUUUACUGAGAAUAAUAUCAUUCCUACAGUACUUGAUCAUUUCUUUGAAUAUCCCUGGAACAACUUUCUUCACAACGUUGUGUAUGACGUUGUCCAACAAGUCUUGAACGGCCCUAUGGAGAAGGAACAAAACUGUGCAUUAGCAUUUGACAUGUUUUUGCGUGGAAGAAUUACAGAAAAAAUAGUUCAUGGUCAAGAAAUGAGUGACAAGGCCACUUCUGAACCUAAUGGUUUUAGACCUGGUUAUAUGGGACAUCUUACUAUAAUUGCGGAUGAAGUUGUGAAGUUCAUUGAGCAUUACUCUCAUUUGUUCAGCCCUGAAAUUAAAGAAUUAAUUGAUGACGAAAAAUGGCAACACUUUGUCAAUAAUACUCUAGCAGAGACUCGUGCUCGCGAUAAUCAACUUCUUGGUGGACUUGAGCCUUCAAUGGUUGGUUAUUUGGAAGACAUGGAUGAUGGAGAGAUGUUAGAUGCCAAUAAUCUGCCGGAAAUGCAAUUUGCUUUAGAACAAGAAUACAGUAACAGCAGUGAUGAUGAUGUGGUUGAAGUCCAUCGAGAAUUGUCUAAUAACUCUUCAUCUAAUGAAGAGGAUGCUGAUGGUAAUGAAGAAGAUCCUUUAUCACGUGAAAUGUCUCGUCGACUUAGCUUCGAUUCAAAUAAUGGUGCACAAGAUAACCGCGACCACUUUGCUCAAUAUAUGUCUCAGCAUAUUUCUGAUAAUCCCCCUGAUGAGUUCAGUAGCAGUUCGGAUGAAGAUGACGAGGAAGACGAUGAGGUUGUCGAAUGGGUCUCCCGUGGUAAAGACAAAAAAUAUCCUCGCUCUAAUUUUUUUAUAAGUAGUUCGGAUCGGGAUGAAUCUGAUAGCGAUGAAGAUGACGAGAAUGAUAGUUCAGAUGGUGAACGUGAUUUUGCCGAGGAUGAAUAUUCUGAAGGACUUGUACUGAAUCGUAAAUAGUAUUGUUUACUUUAUCUAUCAGUUGAUAGUUUUCUGCAUGUUUACAAACUUUUUGUCCAGAUAGAUGUUCGACAUCAGCAUUGGUUCUUUUUUGAAUUUGGCCAUUGCAUGUUAAGAGGAAACUUGCGUUAGUAUUCGGUUCGACUUUUUAAUUUUCGGGGUGUAAUUUUUUUCUUUGAACUACUUAUUGUUAUAGUCUUCUUAUAUUAGAUCGAGAAUGUACUAAUGUUUUGCAAUGCUUUCAUCCGUUUGAUCUUGUCAUGUACAUUUUUGACGCAUGUUUUCUUUGGAAGGAUAUUUAUGUGAAAACACUUGUUAUCAAUUCGGAUGUUGUGAAGAUGAGCAGUGUUGAGUAAAAUAGCUUGCUUUUUAGGAUCCUCUUCCAUCUAAAAUAUCUAAGGUUUCCUAAGAUUGAUUUAGUUUUUGUUUUAAAAUUCACGAUUCAUAUGAAGGCUAAUUUGUGAGAUAUAUUAAUCACAUAAAACUUACGAAUUAAUCAAAAACUUACCAUACAUAGUUGAAUUUUUUUUAUUAUCGUACUUUUUUCUUUAAAAGGUGUAAAUUCCGGGUCUCCAAAG